UCAAAGGCGGGUGUAAACAUGGCGGCCAUUACGGGAUGGAACAAGAGAACAUUUGACAUCCAUUAAAACAUCCUGCUGUAAAAACCCGUGCAAUAUGCCUGUCGUACACGGCCUUAGGGAAGAUUUGUUUUCUGGAAGAGAUAAUUUGAAAAUACUACAAGUUGAAAUACUUAGAGCCACUGGUUUGGCUAAAAAAGAUAUAUUUGGUUUAAGUGAUCCAUAUUGUAAAAUACGUCUGUAUAGAGGAGAUGUUUAUCAUGGAAGUAUUGCUGUUGUAUCAACAGAAACCAAAAAGAAAAYUCUCAACCCAGUUUGGAAUGAAGAAUUUUAUUUUCGAGUAAACCCUAUUGAUAACAAGCUCCUUAUUCAAGUUUAUGAUGAAAAUAGAGUGACAAGAGAUGACUUUUUGGGUGAAGUGUUAGUCCCACUCAGCAAUCUUCCAACAGAGGGACCUAAUGUGGAUAUCUUGGAAACAGAUAUGAGACUCAAACCAAGAAGUAAUAGGUCAAGAGUGAGGGGCAGAUUAUUCUUCAAGAUGUACUAUAAACAGGGUCCUUUACAAAAUGCAGCUGAUUCUAUACAUGAAAUAGAGCAACCACCACCACAGGAGCCUAUGGACAUACUAGAACCACCAGAAGCUCCUCCUCCAAUGGAAACAAUAUCGGAGUCGUUACCAGCUGUUGAGGAGCCGUCAUUACCAGCAGGCUGGGAGGAAAGACAAGACGCUAAUGGACGUACAUUCUACAUGGAUCAUACUACCAGAUCAACAUCUUGGGUCAGGCCAAGAAGUGAAGCAAGCCAUCAGCAAGCACUACAACAAGCUGAAAAUGGUAGAGCAAGGCAGUUUAGGAUCCGGCGGCACCUUAGUGUGGAAGAAGUUGACCCUGCUGACUCACCAGAACCAACAUCACAGACUGGUUUUACAACUCAGCCUACUGUCUCAGAAGAGACAGAUACAGAAACUAAUGAUGCCAAUGAUACCAGUGAUCAACAGAAUGUUUCAAAUCCAUUACUUGAACCCUUACCACCUGGAUGGGCAAUGCAGAGAGCUCCAAAUGGCAGAAUGUUUUUCAUCGAUCACAACACCCAAACUACAUCCUGGCAUGACCCACGACUUUCUUCAGGAGCAAGUCCUUCAGCACCCCUCAGCUCGUCCCCACCAAGUUCUGGACUGUCCAAUCAAGACCUAGGGCCACUCCCAGAUGGAUGGGAAGAAAGGCUUCAUUCUGAUGGAAGAGUCUUCUACAUUGACCAUACAACAAGAUCAACACAGUGGGAAGACCCAAGACAGCAAAUCAAAAAAUCCAAAACUCAGGUCAUACCAUACUCCAGGGACUUCAAGAGGAAAUGUGACUAUUUUAGAUCCAAACUCAAGAGACCUAGUAAUGUUCCCAACAAGUAUGAAAUCCACAUCAGACGCAACAAUCUCUUGGAGGAUUCAUUCCGUGCCGUCUUUCUAAGUAUUCGUAAUGCUGAUAUAUUGAAGAGUAGGCUGUGGGUUGUGUUUGAUGGUGAGACAGGGCUGGACUAUGGAGGGGUACAGAGAGAGUGGUUUUAUUUGCUGUCUAAAGAAGUCUUUAACCCUUAUUAUGGACUAUUUGAAUAUUCAGCAAGUGACAACUACACGCUUCAAAUCAAUCCCAACUCUGGUCUUUGUAACGAAGAUCAUUUGAACUACUUUAAGUUUAUUGGAAGAGUCGCGGGAAUGGCGGUAUAUCAUGGCAAACUUUUGGAUGCUUUUUUCAUUAGACCAUUUUACAAAAUGAUGUUAGGGAAAGCAAUAACACUGAUCGACAUGGAGAGUGUGGAUUCCGAAUACUUUAACAGUCUAAACUGGAUUUUAGAAAACGAUCCUGAAUGCUUAGAACUACGAUUUUGUGUAGAUGAAGAUCUAUUUGGACAGUUGAAGAUGAAGGAGCUUAAACCUGGAGGUGCUGAUAUUCGUGUUACUAAUGAAAACAAGCUGGACUACAUCAAUCAAGUAAUCAAAUGGAGAUUUGUAAGCCGCGUUGAAGAUCAAAUGAGGAAAUUAAUGGAGGGAUUCAACGAACUCAUUCCUCAUAAUUUACUCCAGAUAUAUGAUGAACGUGAACUGGAGUUGUUGAUGUGUGGUCUAGGAGAUAUAGAUACCGAGGACUGGAGAAAACAUUCCAACUACAGGGGUGACUACCACGAUAAACACAUCGUCAUUCAGUGGUUCUGGAAAGCUGUCAACUCUUUUGACAUGGAAACUCGUGCAAGAUUGCUGCAGUUUGUGACUGGUACGUCACGCGUUCCAAUGAAUGGUUUUGCUGAGCUGUACGGCAGUAAUGGUCCACAACGGUUCACUAUUGAACCAUGGGGAACACCACAUUCCUUACCACGUGCGCACACAUGUUUCAAUCGUUUGGAUCUUCCUCGAUACCGCAGCUACUACGAACUACGUGAAAAAUUACGGAUUGCGAUAGAAAAUACUCAAGGAUUUGAAGGAGUGGAUUAAGACUUCAGCUGGCGUAGAAGCGAUGAUCCCUGGUGAGAUGGUAAUGCAAUUUAAUUCUUUGGACUUCAGUGAAGGACCAGCGAGUGCAAAUCAGACUGAUAUUAUUAGCCAUCAUUAAUCAAAUGGAUUUAUCAAUAAUUCGUUUUGAAACAAGUGUUCUAUUCCACGGUAAAUGAAUGUUUCUGAUUGGUCAAAAUGGAGGAAUGAAAAUAUCAGCUGAUGGCCAUGGGCAAAUGGACCAAUGAGAGUAGAAAUAUAUUUUCUUUGAAUCUAUACGGUUGGAAAAAUGUAAACUUCAUUUUCCAUCCUCGCUUCUUAGAAGCUCUUGGCCUUUACCAAGACUUUGAUUGRAUAAAAUAAGAGUCUUGUAUUCAUUGCCUUCUGGAAAAGAAAAUGUUUCUUUAACGCUGGAUUAUAUUGCGCAUGCGCAUGCUCAUGUGCAUGUUUUGUUUAGUAGCCAUAGUAUACACAAUCUCGUACCCAGAGUCUGCGCUUUUUUCGGCCUGCGGCGAAGAACGAGGGUUCUGGCAUAAUCCAUUUUUGGCGCAUGCGCAGUUUUCCGGAAGCGAAAUAUAAUCAAUGAA